CUUGCUCCAUAUCGUCUCCUUCCCCUCUUCCUCCCCCUCAUGGCGCCUCCCGCCGCCGGCGACACCCCACCUCCUCCUCCUCCUCUGGCCGCAGAGAGCAGCGCCAGCACCGAGGAGGAGUCGCGGUGGCUGGCGGCCCUCUCCGAGCCCGAGCUCGAUUUGCUCAUCAGCCUCAAGUUGCUGGCCGUGAAGCGGGCCGAGACGGCCGGCCGCCCCCACCUCGCCGACGCGUUCGAUCUGCGCACCCUGCGGGCCCUCGGUGUUGUUUUGCUGGAAGAUUUCAAGCACCGGCUAAGAGAAGAAACCUCCCUUGAUGCAACCGUUCUUGAUAGACUUGCGCUAUCAAGGGAUCCUGUUACGGAUGUUGGUGUCGGUUGUAGCAGCAGUGAUUCCGAGGUGUUCAGGCGGCGCAGCAAAGAUCAGCCAAUAAAGCCAAGCGGUGUCAAGAGGAAACGAAAGCAGACGCAUGAUGGGCGUCAUGGAGAGGCUGUCAAAAUGAACAAGAAAAGAAGAAAAACGAGCGGGAGGAGAUAGCGGCGAUCAUAAAUCGACUGCGACAAUUUUCCUAGAGUUAGCGAUGUAGUGCAAGCACCACCGGAUGUCGUUGAGCAAGAUGAUCAGAGGCUUGGUGCUGCUGCUCUUGUAAUUUUGCUCUACCUGUUGUAGUCUACCUUUCCAUCUUUUCUUCGUCUGGAGCAACAAGAGGCGAAGAACUCGACUGGCAGAUAUAUAGACGCCCCUUAUGUUGGCCAAAGUUUAAUUU